AGAGGCCUGGCUUCAUCCCCCCUGAUGAGACAGGUCACUUCACUCAGCGCCAGCAGCUCAGUGAUCAGAGGCAGUUUGACAGGUCAUCAGCAGCAACAGCAGCAGCAACAGACAUACUCGACAGCCAACCCAUUCAGACGUAUCAACAACAGAAUGAACAUGUCAAUGACGACUUUGACUGGUGCCGUCGAGCCAGCUAUGAUGCUGCAUGGUAUGGGUGCCGCGCGCAACUACGCCACAAGCCCCAUCGAGAAGAUCAGAAACGUCGCCAUCAUUGCUCACGUCGAUCACGGCAAGACGUCGCUGGUCGACCAGCUGCUGCGCCAGUCGGGCACACUCAACGAUCAGUCAACCGAGCGUGUGAUGGACUCCAACGCCCUGGAGAAGGAGCGAGGUAUCACAAUUAUGGCCAAGUGCACAUCGUUAUCCUACCGCGACCACAAGCUCAACAUUGUCGACACACCAGGUCACGGUGACUUUGGAGGUGAGGUCGAGCGUGUGUUGUCCAUGGUGGAUGGCGUCGUGCUGCUGGUCGACGCCACAGAGGGCCCCAUGGCGCAGACCAAGUUCGUGCUGUCCAAGGCCCUGCAGGCCGGCUUGCGCCCCAUCGUCGUCAUCAACAAGAUGGAUCGUACGACCAUCCGUGUGGACGAGGUCGAGAGCGAGAUCUUUGACCUGUUCGCCACGCUGGGCGCCAACGACGACCAGCUCAACUACCCCACCCUAUACGCGUCUGCCCGCCAGGGCUGGGCUGUCAAGAGCCGCGGCGACGACCAAAAGACCAUCCUGCCACUGCUGGACACGAUCAUCGACUAUGUGCACAAGCCAGACGUCAAGCUCGACAGCCCAUUCUCCAUGCUGGUGACCAACCUCGAGUCCGACCCAUUCGUCGGCCGUAUCGUCACGGGCAAAGUAUACAGCGGAAAGGUCAAGGUUGGCACACCACUCAAGGUCAUGACCAACACUGGCGCGCUCGUCGAGGCGGGCAAGGUCACCAAGAUCUUUGCACGUCGCGGAGUUGAGCGUCUCAUUCUGGACGAGGGUGCCGCCGGUGACAUCAUCGGUAUUGCCGGUUUCCCCACGGCCACCGUCACCAACUCGCUGGCCGACGAGACAGUCACCGAGCCAAUCUACGCCACACCAAUCGACCCACCCGUGCUUGCCAUGUUCUUCGAGGUCAACAACAGUCCAUUUGCCGGCAAGGAGGGCACUCAGCUCACAUCACUCAAGAUCAAGCAGCGUCUGGCCAAGGAGCUGGAGAGCAACGUCUCGAUGCAGGUCACACUACAGGGCGAGGGCUCAUUCGAAGUCAAGGGCAGAGGAGAGCUGCAGCUGGGCAUUCUGCUCGAGAACAUGCGUCGCGAGGGCUUCGAGGUCGCCGUGUCGCAGCCACGUGUCGUCUUCAAGAAGGACCCAGAGACAGGCGGAACGCUCGAGCCACAGGAGGAGGUCAUCAUCGAUGUCGAUGCCGAAUACUCUGGCCAGGUCAUUGAGAAGCUGUCGAAGCGCAAGGGAGACAUGAUCGAGAUGAAGUCGUCAAUGGGCAAGGCGCGUCUGGUGUUCCUGGUGCCAUCGCGUGGUCUGAUCGGUCUGCGAGCCGAGCUGAUCAACGACACCAAGGGCACAGGUGUGUUCAACCAUCUGUUCCACUCGUACAUUCCACACAAGGGUCCAAUGGACAACACCGAGAAGGGCGCGCUGAUCUCGAUGAGCGAGGGAGUCACGUCGGCCUUCUCACUCAGCAGUUUGGAAGACAGAGGCAUUCUUUUUGUGGCCCCCGCCACACCAGUCUACGCUGGUAUGAUCAUUGGAGAGCACUCAAAGAUGAACGAUCUGGACGUCAACCCAGUCAAGACCAAGCAUCUGACCAACAUGAGAACGACCGUCAAGGAGGAGGGCAUCAAGCUGUCGCCACCACGCACACUCAAGCUUGAGGAAGCCAUUGCCUGUGUCAAGGAUGAUGAGCUGAUCGAAAUCACACCCAAGAGCAUUCGUCUAAGAAAGAGAGAGUUGGAGAUUAGCAAGCGACAGAAGGCCGCCAGAGACAAGAAGUACAUGUAA